GUCGGACAAGUCAUGGCGCAUCGCGUUGCCUGUGAGAUAAUUGCUUCUGGGUGCGGUGUUAGAAGGCCGUCUUGACAAUAGGACUGUUCAAAGAUCAUCUCUCAUUUGAAAGAGGGAGGCUAGUAAGACGGUCCGUACAGCAGUGGCCGUUCUUCACGUCUCGGCGUCUUCAGCAAAGGCUGUGAACACCACAGACACACGUAAAAGGUCACCAACAUGUGGAUAUCAGUGAUUCUGGCGAUAACGUGCACAGGGCUGGGCACGACAGGGGCGCCACUCCACCCAGCUCAAGUCAUCGCUCCAAAGCUUACAAUUGAACCCACAGACGUGGUGAUUAACCCAAGUUCCGGCAUAACCAGCGUGUCGUUCCAAUGUAGGGCGACAGGGGACCCAGUACCACAGUAUCUGUGGUUUAAGGAAUAUGUUGACCUCGAUACGAUGAAUAGACAGCCUCCUUUCCAGACAUCAGGCGGGACCCUGACCAUCCCUGUGCCGACGGCCACGGAUCAGGGAAGGUACUGGUGUCAGGCUUACAACGAGUACGGCAGGGUGGUCAGCAUCGGCGCUAACCUAACAUUCGCCUUUGUUGACAACUUCGAUUCAGGUCCACGGCCGGUCGUUACAACUACUUCCGGAAACGGCACACUUUUGCAGUGUAUGCAACCCAACGCAUACCCCAGUCUUGUAUACCACUGGAUUGAGGCUGGCCAGACCAGUUUCAUUGCGCACACCGUACGAAGGUACGCGUCACAGAAGAAUGGUGACUAUUACUUCGCCAAUGUCAGCCCCGAUGACAACGGGCUGUACCAAUGUGGAGUGAAGAUCAACCUGAACACUGCUUUAACGGAGCCUGCAGCGACAGGGGGUUUCAACGAAUUCAGCCCCGAAACACAGCUUACAGUGAAUGCUGCCACACCUACAAAAGUCCGAGCAGCUUCACUGGCCUCCUGGAGGUCUGAGUCUGUGCAGGUCGGCGAGAGUCUACAGUUUCUCAUCAGGUGUUGUAGGGUUUGGGGGUCCUCGCCACAGCUGCAGGCUGCACUGUUUGACUUUCCCCACCGUAGCAGGUUGCAAUUGUCAGCUGUCCUUGCAACCUUCGCCCUUGCCCGGUUCAGGGCGACCCAAGACCUUCUAGGCAUGUCAGCCCCUGGAGGCAGGGACUCGCUGGGGGCACCAGGCAAAGUGUCGAACCUCAAACUUGUAGAAAAGGGGGACAACUCCGCAACGCUGUCCUGGUCAGAGCCGCCGACGAAAGCAGAGCUUACCGGGUACCAGAUACAGUACUACCCGACAGACAACCCUGAUAACGUGCAGUACAUGGAUGUGCGAGCCAAGACUGUGGACGGCAUAUAUGGCCCGUACAGCGACCCACUUGUCAACGGCAAGAUAGGACCUGUAGACACUGGCCGCGCAACAGGGGGUGGCGGAGUCCCACUGGUCGUGUGGUUACUGCCACUGCUGUUGCUGUUGAUCCCCCUACUGCUACUGUAUGAAACAAAAUAUGUCAUCGGCUGA